AAUACAUCAAUUAUCUCACAAAGGCAAAUUACUAAUCUUUUGGAAGACCUGAAGAAAGUGGAAGAUGCUGGAAAAAAUUCAUGUGAAGAAAUUCUUAGAAAACUUCACUCAACUGAAAAUGAAAAUGAAACUCUGAAUCUUGAGAAUACAAAAUUAAAGACUACACUUGCUGCUUUGAAGGACAAAGUUGUUUCUGUUGAAAAUGAACUCUUAGAAUUGCAAGAAGUAGAAAAACAACAGAAAGCCCUUAUUGAAGUAUAUAAAACUCAGAUACAAAAGUUGCAAGAAGCAGCGGAAAUGGUGAAAAGCAGAUGUGAAAAUUUGCUACAUGAAAAUAACCAAAUAACAAAAGACAAAAAUAAAAAGUUAGAGAAGGUGAGAGGCCAGAUGGAGUCUCAUCUGAAGGAGUUAGAGUGCGUCCGCGCUUUGGUGUCGGUGGAACGGAGGCUUCAGGAGCGUCAGGAGAGCCUGCAGCACCUCAUGGGGAGGCGUGUCGACCCGGCUCACGCAGCUAUGGAGCUUCAGGGCCAGGUUGAUGGAAAUCAUAAUCUUCUGAAAAAGCUUUCUUUGGAAGAGGAAAAUUAUCUUAUUCAGUUGAAGUGUGAAAACCUUAAACAAAAAUUAGAACAGAUGGAUGCAGAAAAUAAAGAGCUUCAAAAGAAACUGGCAAACCAAGAAGAACGUCUCCAGCACAGCAAUCUUAAGUUUAAAGAGAAAUCUGAAGAAUAUACAGCAUUGGCCAGACAGCUGGAAGCUGCUUUAGAAGAAGGAAGACAAAAGGUUUCUGAAGAAAUAGAGAAAAUGUCAUCUAGAGAGAGGGCUUUACAGAUUAAAAUAUUAGAUCUGGAAACUGAGCUUAGAAAGAAAAAUGAAGAACAGAAUCAACUUGUUUGCAAAAUGAACAGUAAAGCACAACACCAGGAAGUAUGUUUGAAAGAAAUACAACAUAGUCUUGAAAAAUCGGAGAGUCAAAAUGAGACUAUUAAGAAUUAUUUACAGUUUCUUAAAACUUCGUAUGUAACAAUGUUUGGAUAAAUUGUUGGAUUUAUUUUCUAUAAGCAAUAGGAUUUUACUCUAAGUCUAAAGCAUGAUUAGGUAAUGAAUAAAAACACAAGCAAACUUUAAUUUAUGGGUGGUAGUAGAGUUUUUUGUAGAUUUUUAAAAUACAAUUUAUUAUCCAAUUGCAACUUUAAAAUGAGAUAUAGAUGUCAGUAUUCCUUUUUGCUAGAUAAUUUUCACUUAGCUCUGGUUUAAUACCUAUUUAAAUUAUAUUGGGUUUUAGAAUGUUUUUCGCAUACACAGAAGAAACCAGAAUCUUGUCUAUAGUCACCAUUUAAGUGAAUUUGGAAUAAAGCGAGGCUGAUUAUGAGCCAAAUACAUGAUUUUGAAUAACACAUAAUUGUUUUACAUUAUUAUAUAUAUAUACACA